AUGGACUAUCCGAACACAAGUCCCGAUGCCGAUGACCGUUCCAUCUCUGUCUAUACGGGCUCUCCUUACACCGCGGACGGCCGGAAAGACUCGGUCAUCCAGAUGGAUCCGAAGAAGAGGAAGCGCAAUUUUAGCAACAGGACUAAGACAGGUUGCAUGACUUGCCGGAAGCGGAAGAAGAAGUGCGACGAACAGAAGCCCGAGUGCAUCAACUGUUUACGAGGAGGAUUCCUCUGUGCCGGAUACCCGCCGCAGAGGGGACCGGUGUGGCAGAAGCCUGAUAACAAGGCAUCCGCGAUCCCCUUGGAGUCAAAGGACCCAAGCUACGUCCCUCCCGGCGCAUAUGGCAUGCCCCAGCAGCAACCCUCGCAGCAACAAUCAUCCCAGUCCUCCCAGUCGCAGCAAAACCCGUAUGCCACACCGACAUCGGCGACCUCGCAACAGCAGCCGCCGCCGCCCCUUCCCCAGCCUCAUAAGCGCGACCCAAUUUCGUCGUACCGAGGCCAGCCUUUGAGGAUCGACCCUCCGCAGGGGCGACCCUUGGUCUCCGACGAUGAUAGGCACACGGCAUCAACCAUCCCUAGCGCAUCUGUUGCGAGUCCGGAUAAUAAGCUGUCUGCUCUCUCCUCGUAUACCCCCGGCGCGAGCGUCUUCCCCACCCCGUUAGCGCCAAUGCGGGGCCGGCGCCUCCCUUCUCGGAACGAGUAA